AUGACCUCAGGGGCGGCAAGUUUGUCGUCGCUGGCGGCGCUGGCGCUGGCGGCCACGGCGGAGCAGCGGCGAUGCUUGCGGUCCUUUGACAGCAGGGCGGAUGCGGUGGAUGCGGUGGACGCGGGAUAUGAUCUUAAUGGGCGCUUGCUGCCACUUGGCUUCAUUGUGAGGAUGUGGGGUGCCGGAAGUUACUCCCAAGUCGCCAACAUGGAGAUGGUGGGUGCUGGGUACUGCUGGCAUGUCCUGAAGCUUGAAACGCUGUGGAUACCCUCCAAUCCCCUGGUGGCUAUCUUUUUGCCAGGCGAGGAGAGUUUGAGAAGGUUGGAGGUGCAAAGUUUUGGGCUGGGCGGGCUGAUGGUGGAAGGUCGUCCUCGAUCAGCUGGGAUGUUGGGAAUGAGGUACGACUUGUUAAGCUCACCAGUCUUUGGGGGACCUUUUCCAGAGGAAGGCGUCUGUGUGCAAGAUACUCAGGGCCAGGUGCUCUACUACGAUCGCCAAAGCCUUCAAGACUUGAUGUCGUGCAGAUGGGCCAGCCAUCUGCUGCUCGAAGAUCAUCGGCUGUUGAAGGAACGUCACUUAUGGGCCUUCCCACCCCCGGUGUCGCCCAGCAGACCCUUUGGCUCUGUACCUUCCAGCGAGGAUGUGGGCUGCGCUGAUCUGCUGAGAUCUGGGGACUUCUUGUUCCAACAUGUCUAUGUGGCUUCGGUGGGUCUGGUGGAGGGCGUGGACGUGGGUCUGGGCCUCUUCGUUUGCGCCUUCCUCGCCGCGGGCAGUGUCCUGGGGGAGUACACCGGGGUGCUGUCGCGGCGGCGGACGGAGGAGGAUGGCGUCUAUGGCUACGGGUUGCCAGUUGUGGAACCUGACCUGGUGAUCAAUGCCAAGGAGUUUGGGAACCUUCUCAGGCUAAUCAACCACAGUGAUGAUGCCUUCAAUGCUGAGUUGAUGACGGUCCAGCACGAGGGCCUGCUCCACGUGGUCUGCCGCGUGCUGCGCGAUGUAAUGCCUGGGGAGCAGGUGCUGAUCCAUUACGGUCACCGCUACUGGCUCCCGGAGAGCCGACGACACGUGCGGCUGCCAACACAAGCUGCGGAAGGCCGAACAGGGCCGCGUGGCCAGGGCUACCAGGGCUACCAGGGCUGA